UGUCUACACCUGUCAUCUAUCAUCAUCUGUCAGCUGAUUGUCAAAAUUUCGUUCAUUCUAAACAAACAAUAUCUUGUAAUUUCAUCUAUAUUCAAUGAAAAUUCACGUUUCUUUUCGAUCAAGCAAUGUCUGAACACGACAUAAUAAUCACAGAGCAGUGCAGUUCCCUGGGGGACAAAAUAUACUAUGCUAGAAAAGGAAGGAACGGAAUUGUACACGUAAAACACGGAAGUGUAAUAUCGUUGUCGUUUCAGUGGAUAAAGAACUUUUUCCGGGAGGUCCUCCUUCCUUAUGGUUACCCCGAUAGUGUUAGUGAUGAUUACCUUCAUUAUCAACUUUGGGACACUGCUCAAGCAUUUUGCAGCACCAUAACUAACGCUUUCACGACUAGAGCCGUUCUAAAAGGUGUUGGUGUGGGGGAUCCGAAUGCUACAGCUCUUUCGGCAGCAAUAACCUGGAUAAUGAAAGAGGGUACGGGAAUGAUCGGAAGAAUACUAUUUGCAUGGUGGAAAGGGAAUGGCUUGGAUUCGGACUGUAAGAAGUGGAGACUUUUUGCAGACACACUUAACGAUGCAGCCAUGGUGAUAGAACUCACUGUCCCAUUUUUCAGUAAUUUUUCAAUGCCGAUCUUAUGCACCACGUCAACAAUGAAGUCAAUUGUCGGUGUAGCAGGUGGUGCAACUAGAGCCUCUAUCACGCACCACCAGGCAAUAAAAGACAAUAUGGCGGAAGUGUCCGCUAAAGACGGAAGUCAAGAGACUUUGGUUAAUUUAGUGGCGAGUUUGGCAAGCAUAUAUUUAUUGAAUACGUUUGACGGAACAGUCUCUUCGGCGAGUUGUCCGAAAUGCAAAAGACCCAGCAGCGGCUUCCCAAACUACUCGACCGAAUGGAUUCUUAUUUUUUGCUUUAUGUUCCUACACUUAGUGGCGAAUUAUUGUGCAAUGAAAUCACUGAAAUUCAGGACGUUUAAUAAUCAGAGAAUGGCAAUAGUCCUAAAAACGUAUUACAAUGUCGGUACUGUGUUGAGCCCUCAAAAGGUCAAUGAAAAGGAGUCGAUAUUUCUCGGUUUCGGAUCGAAAGUAAGCGAUUUUUGUGGAUUUAACAUCUUAAUGGGUGAAUCUACCAAACAGAUUUUACUCAACUACAGCUUUGCCGAUUUCCAAGAAACAUUGUCGGUCUACAAGGACAAGACUUAUUUCAUACUAGCCGAUAUUUAUAAAAGACAAAUUUAUAUAUGUUUCGAGAGUGGAGAAACCACCGAAACCGUACUCGAAGCGUAUUUCCACUCGGUGUGUUUAGGAAUUGCGACAUGUAUUUACAACGAAAUGGACCUCGACAUAUACUCUAAAAGACAUUUACGGCACCCCACGCCAAUCACAAGAUUGUACACUUUCAUGAAAUCGUAUGAAAAAUCGAUAACGAUUCAAAACAUUCCGCAUAACUACUUGUUAGAUUUCAACGACUUUGUGAAGCAAGAGUAUUACAUGUUUUAUACGGCCUUGGAUGUAAACGGCUGGAAUUUAGACACACAUUCGUUGUCUCUAGGCGAGUGGAGAACAGACUGGAAAACGCACAGUCGGAAAAACGUGUGACCCAUGGAAAUGAUUUUAUGCAUAAUUUUAAUAAAGGUUUCGUACAAAUUUUA